AGGCGAGCAGCCAUUGGAUUUGGUGGUACAGUCAGGCGGCAAAUGUUGACCGGCGAUUGUGCCUCCGUUGAUCUGGAGUAUGAAUAUUUUAUUGAAAAAUUGAGCCGGCAGGGGAGAAACAGAGGAGUCUUAUUUAGACGACGGUGGUUGGUUGGUGAGUUUACAAAGGCAAAGUUCAGGUUUUGGAUACUGAAUUACUGAUAGAUAGACAGGCCGAGGAAGACAGAGCCGGGUGGCAGCAACAGAGAGAGAGAGAUGUCGAUUACUCUGCAACUUCGUCUUCUUCCCAAUCACACCACCUCCAACCAUUCUUCUGCACCUGCUACUACUACCCACUCCACAUUCCUUUCUCUGCCUUCCAAUCUCUCAAAUGCUGCUUCUUCCUCUCUGUCCAACUCUUCCUCCCUUGCCUUCCACCCAGUUCACAAACUCAAUUCCAUUCAGAAGCCCAGAUUCUCCCCCAUCAGAUGCUCCGUUGCCCAGGAAAAUGGCUCUGGAGCUGUGAAAGAGCGGAGUGUUUCAGUGGUUCUGUUAGCUGGAGGACAGGGCAAAAGAAUGGGUGCGAGCAUGCCAAAGCAGUAUCUCCCACUUCUCGGCCAACCAAUUGCUCUCUACAGUUUCUUCACUUUCUCGCAGAUGAUUGAAGUGAAGGAACUCAUUGUGGUUUGUGAUCCAUCCUACAGGGACGUCUUUGAAGAUGCCACAGAAAGGAUCAACAUUGACCUUAAAUUUGCACUGCCUGGGAAGGAAAGACAGGAUUCUGUCUACAGUGGUCUUCAGGAGAUAGACCUUAGCUCUGAGCUGGUUUGCAUCCAUGACUCUGCAAGACCUCUGGUGUUGGCAGCUGAUGUAAGGAAGGUCAUUAAGGAUGCAUCAGUGAAUGGAGCAGCAGUGCUCGGUGUGCCUCUCAAAGCAACCAUUAAGGAGGCAGAUGGCAAGUCAUUUGUAGUGCGAACUCUUGACCGCAAAACACUAUGGGAGAUGCAAACACCACAGGUGAUCAAGCCAGAAGUGCUCAGGAAGGGCUUCGAGCUAGUCAAUAGGGAAGGCCUAGAGGUGACGGACGACGUUUCGAUUGUAGAGCAUCUAAAACAUCCCGUUUUCAUCACUGAAGGAUCAUACACUAACAUCAAGGUUACAACCCCGGAUGACAUGCUGCUUGCCGAGAGGAUUCUGAACAUGAAUUGAGCUCCAGUGGAGAAGUCUUGAGUUUUUCAAAUGAUUGUUUGCCUACUGUUCUUUUGAGGCCUAACUAGGAAAGGAAAAUAAACAGGAUGUAGACGAUCGAUCAUUUAUGCACUGAUGAUACUUCAUGAAACUUGAACUAUUCAAAUGAGAACCGAGAAUGAAGACCAAAUCUACAACCUUGAUUCUCUUAUUCAUCAACGGAGGAAAAAGCAUGACCAAAAUGGGAGUGUGUAGCAGCAAAAACGAAAGUGAGGACCCUCUUUACAUAGUGAAGUAAACAUUUCUGUUGUUAUUGUUCCUGGGCAAUGUCGCAUCCUAAGAAAGAAUAUUGGCUUGU